GAGUCGGGGGGGCAGUAACUCAAAAAGAAAGUAGCCUGGAAGGUCGGUUGCUGGAGCGCAAAAAUAAAUAAAUAAUAAUAAUAAGUGAGAAAUGUGUGGAAUAUUUGGAUUUAAUCACGUACAAGAGUCCAUUUUUGCGGUUGACGGGAAUUCCGGAAGGUUUUUGAGAGUUUGCACGGAACUUCCUGUUUCAAAACUCAGCGGUGGAGGAGAAGAAGAAGAAGAAGAAGAAGAAGCAAAAAGACGAGAAAAACGCACGCGCAGAUGUGGGAUAGGACUUAAAUAAGUCGUGCUGCACAUUUUGUUUGUUUGUUUGUUUGUUUGUUUUUGGAGACUUGAGAAUGCGUUACACUUUUCGUCUGCUUUGUGCACGUCUCAGGCUUUGAGUUUUGCUCUUUUUUUUUUUUUGGUGUGCGUUUUCCUGCCAUUCUUCUAUGCGCUUCCUGCUCGGACUGACCGCAAGCUCUUCACGACUAAAAAUACUCACCAUGGACGGAGAAAUGGGCCUUUUUGUCCUUUUAAAACACUCAGGAUAACAUCAUUCUAUACAUGUAUAUAUGUAUAUAUUUUUUCCCGGAGUAGUUUUUGUUGUAGUUUGCGCGUCCUGGAGCAAGUUGCACUGGUUUUGUUGGAAAUUGACUUCAUCAAUGUAGGGAAUCCGAUCCAUUUCCUGUGAAUCGGAUCAUGGGGUUGUCCUUUGCUUGAAUUUGAACUGGUGUUAAUGGAGUGCUCAGGGUUUGCGCUCACAUCCACCGUUCCCAUCUCCAUGGAGACCCGCGCGCUCCAUGUGUCCCGGUCCUGUGCGCUUUUUUACGGUUAGUGCGCUUUGGGUUUGGAGCAAAAACAAGAGCGCACCAGUCCCUCUCCAUGAUCCGCACGUACAGGUUGGAAACGGGUGAGAAGAGGGGCCGGAGAGUGUGUACAUUUGGAUCGUUUUGCAAUUCCAAGUGUUUGGAUCCGUGCGUAAAGAGAAGGAAGAAGAAGAAGAAGAAGAAGAGGGAGCGCCAUGGAGCCUCUGAAGAGCAUAUUUACGCGCGGCACGCUGUCCCCCUGGAAAAAUCUGGAGCAAUCCCAGAAAGGGAACUUCACCAACCCGGUGUGGACAGCCCUCUUUGAUUAUGAGGCGACCGGUAAAGACGAGCUCACCCUGCGCAAGGGCGACGUGGUGGAAGUUCUGUCUUUAGACUCGGAAAUUUCCGGGGAUGAAGGCUGGUGGGCUGGGAAGGUCAACAACAAGGUGGGAAUCUUCCCUUCCAAUUACGUCUCGCUCAAACCCAACGGAUAUGGCAAGAUCCCGAGUUCGAGCGUGGCGGGCGAACUCGGGCCUGCGGUGGAGCUGCAGUUCGAGCCGGAGGUCGUGGAUUUCCGGGAGCUCAGCUUGCAAGAAGUGAUCGGGGUCGGCGGGUUUGGGAAGGUCUACCGAGGCACGUGGAGAGGGGAUCUCGUCGCGGUCAAGGCGGCGCGCCAGGACCCGGACGAGGACAUCAGCGUGACCGCGCAGAACGUACGCAACGAGGCUCGCCUCUUCGCCAUGCUCACGCACCCCAACAUCAUCGCGCUUAAAGGAGUGUGCUUGCAGGAGCCCAACUUGUGCUUGAUCAUGGAGUACGCGUCCGGUGGACCUCUGAGCCGUGCGCUGGCCGGGAGACGCAUCGCACCACACGUACUGGUCAACUGGGCCGUGCAGAUCGCCAGAGGCAUGCUGUACCUUCACAAUGAGGCUAUAGUCACAGUCAUUCACAGAGACCUCAAAUCAAAUAAUAUCCUCCUGGCCCAGCCGAUAGAAAAGAACGGGAUGGAGGGAAACACUCUGAAGAUCACGGAUUUCGGGUUGGCGCGAGAGUGGCAGAAGACCACCAAAAUGAGCACAGCGGGGACCUACGCCUGGAUGGCACCGGAGGUCAUCAAAUCCUCCACCUUCUCCAAGGGCAGCGACGUGUGGAGCUAUGGAGUUUUACUGUGGGAGUUACUCACAGGCGAGGCUCCGUACAGAGGGAUCGAUGGUCUGGCUGUGGCCUACGGAGUGGCAGUAAACAAACUGACUCUGCCCAUCCCCUCGACCUGCCCCGAACCCUUCACCCAACUCAUGUCAGGGUGCUGGGAUCAGGACCCCCACCACAGGCCAAGCUUUGCUUCAAUCUUGGCUCAGCUGUGUGCUCUUGAGCAGCAGGUGAUGGAGGAGAUGCCUCAGGACUCCUUCCAUUCCCUGCAGGACGACUGGAGACUGGAGAUCCAGGGCAUGUUCGAUGAGUUGCGUGCUAAGGAAAAGGAGCUGCGUUGUCGUGAAGAGGAGCUGAAACGUGCCGCUCUGGAGCAGAAGUCUCACGAGGAGUUUCUGCGUCUGCGCGAGCAGCAGCUGGCCCAGUGGGAGCAGGAUGUGUUCGAGAGGGAGCUCUCGCUCCUCAUCCUCCACCUAAACCAAAAUCAGGAGAAACCCAACGUCAAGAAGCGCAAAGGAACCUUCAAGAAGCACAAGCUGAAAUGCAAGAACGGGGAGAAGAUCAGUAUGCCACAAGAUUUUAUCCAUAAAAUCACAGUGCAGGCUUCUCCUGGGUUGGAGAAGAGACGGAAUUCUCCAGAUUUGGGUUCUCCUUCCAUUGGUCCACGGUUUCGUGCCAUCCAACUGAGCCCCAGUGAAAGUAAGUGGAGCUCGGUCUGGCCGCUGGAAACUCUUCCUCUGAAGGCUAACGGUGAGAGGAGACUCGCAUCUCACUGGAGCCCUCAAAGCCCCAAAAGCCCCAAGAGUCCCAAAGUGCAGCGUCUGAGUCCUCAGGAGAGCGGUCUGUCUAUGAGAGCUCGGCUAUUGGCUUUGGACAGCAACGAGAACGGAGACUCCAAAGACGACUUUGAGGAGUACAGACCCACUACACCUGAACCAAGCCAAAACGGAUCUAACUCGGUUAAGGAACCUUCCUGGACAGCUCUCCCAGAAGAGGACUCUGGGAGUGAAGAGGGAUAUUUGUCCCCUCGAAGUUCACCAAACCUAGACUGUCGCUCCAGUGUUCCCCCUCAUACUAAAAGCACUCACCGCGCUUUGCUUAGUGGUGCCGUUCUUCUCGCAUCUGUGGCUCUGGGACGCCAUCUUGAACCCCAGCACCCACCAACACCCCCUCCACGAACUGCCCAUAGAACUAAUGUUCCUGCUCUGGAGUUAGGGCGAGAACACCCUCCACUGCCUGUGGUGGACUUACCCACGGAUCCCACCUUGGUUGGGGACCUUAUCACAUUUAGUACAGACUGUCUGCCCCAAGAGUUUCUUGACACCUCACUGAAGCCCCCGGAGAAUAAGCCGUUACCGUUGACCCCACCUCCUCCGAACCCCAGAGAGAGAGACAGGUCAAGCCGAAAGACCUUCCAGCAUAGCUCUGCUGAGUGGAUCGCUAACGGAGAGACCGAGAGUGAGAGUGUGAACCAGACUGGAGAGAGAAGGAGAAGAUCUAGUCAAGGACUUUCCUCGCAACUAGUGUUGGAUCUACCGUUGUGUCAAGAUACUAUGGAAGCAGACGAGAAAUCCCCGGUUCCAUUUGUUCUCUACCCAGAUCCUCGUCUUUGGAGCCCUAAAACACGACGCCUAGAGGUAAACAUCAUACCUCGACCUCGGCCGUCUCCUAACCGACCCCGGAUAGAUCCCUGGAGCUUCAUUUCAGCUGGCGGGAUGGAAAAAUGCAGCUCGCGGCAUGCCAUUUCAACUAGCAGCCCCACAAGUCCACGACUGGGAUACAGACCCUCGCCUACCAACCCCUUCACGAAUUGUGACCCCUUCCCUUCACCUGACUGCGAUCCCUUCAAUCUCAAGGCUGACCCGUUGAUAAACUCGGAUCUUCCCUCACCGUUUGAUCCCUUCUCUACCCCUUUUCCUAUUUCCCGCUCUGCGCCAUGUUCCACCAACGGGAGUCCCAACCUCUCUCUCAGGGUAGCCCCAUUGAACCCUGCUGACGCCCCAUUCAUAGACAUGGGUUGGGCAGGGGUCAACAAGCCCAUAGGUGUUGCCAAAGAGAAAGUGUUCCCCAGAAAGACUCUGGGUCUUAGUCCCUUCAAGUCUUCAACGAAACAAAGCGACGACAUAUUCUGAGCUUCUAAGGGAAGCCGCACAUUUGCCAGUUCAGAUUAACACAACACAGUCCGUAAGGAGUGAUUGCUCCCAGUAUUUGGUGCUUUUUUUUUUGUGUUCCUUUGAAAAGCUUCAGACUAACCAAGUGUCGGAUUAUAAGUUUUGCCUUCGCACACAAAAAAAAGAAGCUCGUGAUAUGUGCAAUUUUAUGAUGUGGCUUAUUUUCUUCAAAUCAACAUCAAUCACCAUUCCAGAUUCUUCCAGAACCGGUGCAUUUUCCAUCUAGCAUUAUUAGCAUUGUGACUUGGGCAAUAUGCAUUCAUUACUUUAAGUGCCUUUUUCUGUUGGUUAUCUCAAUUAGGAACAAUGUCUGUUUCAGCUAAUGAGCAGUUAAAGUAAGAGUUACACCACGGCUAAAGACCAGGAAGGCGUGGAAACAAGCAGAUGUAUUAGUCUUAUUCGAAUAUCGACUUUGUUUUUGUCAUCAGCUGUGUUAGGAUUUUUAGAUGAUCUGAUUCUAAUAUGUCUAUCUUGAGUUCAGCAAGGUUCCUUUAAUUCUGCUUCUCUCUUCACAUGGAGUAUAGUCUGUAUAAACAAUUAAGCUGUUGAUUUUCUGUAUGCAAUGUUGACAGGAUCUAAAUUUAUCUCAUUCAUAGGGCGAAUGUUCCAGUCUGGUAGCGACAGCCUGGAGAGGACAAACUUGCUGGUCAUUCCAUAUACACACACCAAAGAAUGAAAAAAAAAAAAAAAAAAAAAGCUCAGGCCACCGCAUAGAAUCGCUAUCAACUCCUCACAUCUACCUGUAGCAAAAUCUACAUGAGCAUACCAAGUUAAUUCUCUCAAAAUGGACGAGUCAUCCUUUAGAAAGCUUCACUUUUAAUUUUCCGAGCGAAAUAGACCCGAUUUUGAACUGUGUAGAACCUUGAGGGCCCAAUUUUCAUACGUUAGUAGUGCUUGAGGGAUCGUUACAGCUCGUCAGCACUUUAGACACAAUAUUCGCAGGAAAGACAUGGUCCACUAAUUGGACUCGGGCUAAUAGAUUUCACCCUGAGCGGCUCGAGUUAGAGCACAUGUCACCACAGCAUGGUUUUCAAUGUGACUAAACCACUAAGUCAUUUUCUUUUGAAUAAUGAGGCAAACGAUCACAGAGGAUAUUACAGAAAAGUAAACACUCAGCUCAGUUACCUUGGCCAGACUUGCUUCUUUUAAUUCGAACCACAAGAGAUGUUGCCCUAAAUCCUUUUUUUUUAUUAUUAUUAUAUAUAUAUUUUUUUUAAACUACUGAGAAAAGUGUGUAGCAAUGUAUAAGGCAGGUCAUCUACUUCCCUUAUGUAUAAUGUGCAUGUACUGUACUAAAAAAAAUCUCAUUAUAAUGUAAUCUACAAAAUGUCUCCAGCUUUUUAGGGUUUGAGUGAAACUAAGUCUUCAAUCUAUAUGACACAUAUACAGUGACAUCUACCACAUAUCAGUUUCGCAUGAUUAUUACAAACGUUUCUAUGUAUUUACCCCUAAUCCAGAUUGGCCCUUUAUCAUCGAAACGCCAUGUAAUCGAUAGCGCUCAAAUACGAUCCGGCUUCAAUCCAAGCACAGAAAUUGCAACGCCUUUAUCCGAGUCUGGAGGAAAAUGUGUUAGGAACACCAAAGGAUCCCUGGAGGCUUUGACUGCUGUUCUAAAAAGUGUACAGAAAGUGCAUUCAUCGUACAAAAAUUGUAUCCGCACAGGCACGCAGAAGUCCCACACCGUCAGCGCUAACUUGCUGUCACAGCUGCUUGCUGUCAAAGGCUACAUAGUCUCAGAGAGAUGAAAAGUGUUCACAAUACUAAAAAAAAAAAAAAAAAAAAAAAAAAAAAAAAAGUGACUAUGUCAGCGUUUUCAUGCCUGGUGGAAUCGAACAUCAUAAACCCAAGCCUGUAUGCUUCUUUAGUUUUGCAAUGGAGCUAUGAGGAUGAUGUAACUAAAACGUAAUGGAUCUCGGUCUCACCCAAAACUUAUUUCCAGAAAUACAUAAUACAUGUAUUUGCUUAAAAUGACAUGAAGUUGGUCAGUAAUUGAUUUAUUUUUUAUUUUUUUAAUUAGUAGGCAGAGUUUGUAGUAGAUGACAUUACGGCGUAAUGCGUCACUUUCAGACUUUGUGAGGCGGAGUCUAGCAGGGCAGAAGGAUACCAGAUUAUAAGGAAAUAGGUGAUUUCAAUUUAGCUACAGUAUGUGACUGCCUACGUGUAAAAUAACAACAUCCGGCCGUGACAUUUUCCUUUUCUUUCUUUUUUCAAAUCCACGGCCGCAGAUUUACUAUACAGUCUACUAUAUGAAUUCGUUAGCGACAAAUUGAAACAGUUAGCCCUUUGUAGCUCCAGUGCGAAACAAAAUAACCAAACAUGCUGCCACAUGGUGCCACCCCAACGUUGAUCAUUUGCCAAUAAGUAAAGCUUCGCACUUAAGACGUCCCUGACUGUUACGAAGAGCCGACACUGGAGACUCCUUCCAAAAAUGCGUUAAAAAAAAAAAAAAUUCGUAAGGAGUUUUUAACGUUCGUGGAGCAUCCAUUAUACAAGUCGCAGUGGCUGCUGUCCCGUAACUACUGUCAGAGCUGCCGAUAUAGAACAUGACUCAACACCUUCUGACCAAUCAGAAACGAGAAUUCUUUUUUUUUUUUUUUUUUUUUUUAACUUUACUUUAUCCCUUCAAGGGUUAGUACUAUGGCCUUUUCACUACCAAAGAUAUUGUGAGGUUUGAUAUUCGGUUUCUUGUCUUCAGUUCUAAGGUUAGUGGUCAUUUGCAUGGAGUGCUCAUUCAUCAAAACAUAAUUGGACUGUUUAUAUUAAGGACCGUUUUAUAUAUAUUUAAAUCAGCAGUUCAUCUUUAACUCACGUGCGACAUCUUCAACUCUGGCAGUAAAUGGAUUAUUCCUGAAAUGUCUAGUUUUAGUCAACACUGAGAUAAUCUACAUUGACGGAUCAGAUCAAUAAGGCUUUUUGAGGUAAUUAGCCGUUAUGCUAGCUUAGGCACUGCACUCUUGUCAUUGCUAAUCGCCGCCUUGAACUAGAGAUCGAAACUGGUCAAAAAUCAAGAAAAAUCACCUCUACUGUUGUUUAAAAGUGUAACUGAUGUAAUCGAUGUAACCGUAUUAAAUUUCAAAAGUUUGGCCAAUACUGAAAUACUAGUUUAGACGUAAUGCUAAUAUGAUGAAUUGUAGCUAGCUAGGAAGAUAACCAGAUGUUAGCGUAACAUGACUGAUGAGCAGAGGUUAAAAUACAUGGUUUUAAGUUUCUGAACGAAUCUAUUUUGUCCCUCUUUAUUUGAAAAUUGCCUUUUUAAAAUAUUUCUUUCUAUAACGAAGCUAUAUGUGUGGCGGCCUGGGAAAACCCGUCAGGCGUCAACGUGGCUCAGUUCGGGCCAAAAAGGUGAAAUGUUUCAGUCAAGAUUGGAUUUUUCUCAACUUUAAGAAACCGAAAAAAAAAAACAAUGUGGGAAUGUUUUAUUUACUUUUUAUUCUUACCUUGGCAAAUAUCAUGUUGUGAAAGGAGCCAGGUUAACAAAUGUAGUCUACCUGAUGGUGUCUAAAAAGCUUGCUAGCUGAUCAUGAUUUCCUCACACAGCGAAUGUCAGGCUUUGAUCAAGUUGUUUGUUCGCUAUGGACCCAAUCGAUGCGCUCAACGCAGUUUAUGAUUGCACACAGGCUGUCAGGAUGAAAUCUUAAAAUGUGUUCAUUUUUGCGGGGUAACCAGAUUUUAAAACGUUCCGCUUUUACUUCUUGUUAAGAUACAUGCUAAAGAGAAACACGUUUCAGUUCAGGAAAGCCUGUAUAUAGUUUUCUCAGGCCAGCACACAUAUCAAUUCCUUUCAUUUACACAAUAUAUACACAGUUUCCAGUGGUGUAUAUAUAUAUAUA